AUCCGAUCGCCUUUAAACUGGGAAUAAUAUUUCUUCUUCGACGCUACCUGCUCAUUCCUGCGCCGUCGAUAUCGAAAUUAGGGUUUUUUCUUUUUUUUUUCUUUUGUCUCGCCUAGUGGGUAAUUUGGGUUUGUGAUAAGAAAAAUGGUGUCAUCGUUCAUACGUGAAGGGUUUUGUAUAGAAUGUUAAUUUCAAUGAAUAUAUGCGGAAAGCUUAUAACUUUCGCCAAAAGGUUUGAUCUUACCUCAAAAUAUGAUCUUUAGUGUAUUUCAGCGAAUUCAAUUGGAGAAAAUUUCUCCCUUUUUUGCAGAAGAAGCUUGGAGUUGAUAUUGACUUUAUUGGUGGUGCAUGAAGCUAUUUCUUAUAAGUUAAUAGAAAUUGGGAAAGAUUUGGGAUCAAUAUAUAUAUAUUUACUAUAAGGUGGAGCUACGAAAUGUUGCGUUUGAGUAGUAUUGGAUUCGAUAUCUCAAGAAGUUUCAUUCAUCUUGCUGAGUGGCAUCCUUUGGAAUAACGAAGCUUCUCGGGCUUUGAAGCCCUCUUUUUUGCAGAGUUUUCGGAAUUCCUAGCUUUUCAACAUACUAGAGAUUUCAUUUUUGUUUUGGAGUAGAUAAUGUUUCGUGAUAGCUUCUCAUUUGCCCAAGCGAUGGGUUGCUUUGGGUGCUUUGGUUGCUCUGAGAGAUCAAGACAAUCACUAAAACCAUACGAUGAUGAUGAUACGUAUUCCAAUGAUGGUGAUGUAACCAGCUAUGCUGGAGGAGAUGAAGAAGAAGAAGAAAUAGAUGAAGAAGAAGAAGAGAAAGUAGUAGAGCAGCAGAGCCGUUCCAAACGUUCUGAGGAAAUUUUGAAAUAUAAACUACAAAAUGGACUAAUCUGCAGGCGGUUUCUAGUGAAGGAAACUAAUAAACUUAUACGGGGAGAGGAUGAAGAUGGAAACAAGACAGUUAAUGAGUUUGUUCGUCAGCGUAAAAUUGGAUCUGGAAGCUAUGGGAAAGUAGUUCUAUAUCAAAGCACUGUCGAUGGAAAGGAUUAUGCUAUUAAGGCUUUUCACAAAUCACAUUUGUUAAGGCUACGGGUUGCACCUUCAGAAACUGCUAUGGGAGAUGUUCUUCGUGAGGUUAUGAUAAUGAAAAUCCUGGAGCAUCCUAAUAUAGUUAACCUCAUUGAGGUUAUUGAUGACCCUGAGACUGAUCAUUUUUACAUGGUUCUUGAAUAUGUUGAUGGGAAAUGGGCUUAUGAUGCUUCUGGACCACCGGGUGCUCUCGGAGAGAAUACUGCUAGAAAGUACUUGCGGGAUGUAGUUGCUGGCCUCAUGUACCUUCAUUCUCAUAAUGUAAUUCACGGCGACAUUAAACCGGACAAUUUGCUGGUUACUAGUACCGGGACAGUGAAGAUAGGAGAUUUCAGUGUAAGCCAAGUAUUCAAGGAUGAUGAUGAUCAACUACGUAGAUCUCCUGGGACUCCUGUCUUCACUGCCCCAGAAUGUUGUUUAGGUAUAACAUACAGUGGCAGAGCUGCAGACACAUGGGCAGUGGGAGUUACUUUGCAUUGUAUGAUAUUAGGACAGUACCCGUUUCUUGGUGAUACACUUCAGGAUACUUAUGACAAGAUUGUUCACAACCCGUUGAUAAUACCGGAAGGACUGAAUCCUCAGCUCAAGGACUUGAUCACAGGUCUACUUUGCAAAGACCCAAACAAGAGGAUGACGUUGAAAGCUGUGGCGGAGCAUCCAUGGGUCACUGGAGAAGAUGGGGUUGUCCCGGAGUACUUUUGUUGGUGCAAACGCAAAGCUCAAGAAGAAGAAGCACAUAAUGGGAUUGAAAUGGUAGCUGAGAUUGCAGAUUCUUAACCAAAGACCAGUUUACGUGAAAACUUGGCAAACAUAUCGUUUUGUCUGUUCAAAUCCCUUUAGGCGGGUCGAAGCGAUUGCGUUUAUGUUGUAUGUAAGAGAGUUCCUUAGAGAGACUUCUCUUGAUUGUUAUUUGUUUUUCCUCUUUUGUUGUUUUUACUUUUCUUUCUUUUUGGUUAUAUUUUUUUUUUCUAUAUAUAAAGAUAACCUGUUUGCCU